CCUCUGCUGCGGGGAGAGCGGCGGCCGGGCCGCGCAUGCGCCGUGCGCGGAGCCAGGCGGCGGUGGCAGCGAUGGCUCCGCAGUGACGGUUUGGCUCUAACGGUUGCUAUUGACAUUGCGGCGCGCAGCGGAUCCUGCCGAGGGCCCAGCGGGGGAAACCAUCGGCCCCGCGCAGGAGGCCGCCGUAGCGGCGCGGUGAUGCGGCGGUGCUGAGGCCCGGUGCAUCCGCCCCCUCCCCCGCUGUUGGAUCGGGAGCCGCGGCCCGGGCCGCCGCCGCCGCCCUGCGCUGGGCUCGCGGUUCCUCCCCGCCCCGCCCCCCCAUGCGGGGCCCCUGCUAAGCCGCAGGCGGGACGGGUGAGGGCGUGUGGCCGACAGGAGCAGGCCCGGCGGGCGGGCGGCCCGGCAUGGCCCGCAGCCUGGAAUAGCGCCGCCGCCGGGCCCGCUACAGGCGGAGGAGGAGCCUCGCGGCCGCCGGACAAGCCAGGCCCCGGCCCCGUGACACUGCCGGAGAGGGCCGGGCGGGCCCUGCGGGGCGACGAGCGAGCCCGGCGCAGCGCGGCCCUUGGCCCCGCCCAGCCCGCGCCGGGGAGCGCCGCGGCCUCGGCCCCCGGCUCUGGCUGCCGCUCGGCUCCAGGGGCCCCGGACCCCCGCUGACUCUCGGCCGGCGCGGACUAGCCGCCGCCCUUUCUUCUCACCCCGGAGCCGAGGGCGUUGGAGCGGCUGCGAUGAACCCGGUGAAUGCCACUGCUCUCUACGUGUCAGCGAGCCGCCUGGUGCUCAACUACGACCCCGGCGACCCCCAGGCCUUCUCUGAGGUCACCAAGCUCCUGCCUUACUUCCGACAGUCCCUCUCCUGCUGUGUUUGCGGUGAUAUACUGUGGCCAUGUGACAAACAUGAUGUGACUGACACAAUAUCAUUGGCAGAUAACUCUGAAACUAUAGAAAAUGAUGGUGAUCUUGAAGGAAAUUUGCUACAGGAUCCUAUUGCUCCCACCAACUCCACAUGUCAGCAUUAUGUCUGCAAAACUUGUAAAGGCAAGAAGAUGAUGAUGAAACCAUCAUGUAGUUGGUGCAAAGACUAUGAACAGUUUGAGGAAAAUAAACAGCUGAGCAUUCUAGUGAACUGCUACAAAAAGCUGUGUGAAUACAUAACACAGACUCCAUUGGCACGAGAUAUAAUACAAGCAGUUGACUGUUCUGCAGAUCUUUUGGCUUUGCUCAAAGAUGGAUCACCACUCCGUGAAGACACAGAAAAAACUUCUGAUGCAGCCAUGCCUUUGUGUUUGACACAUUCUCCAUUACCUUCAACCUCAGAACAUGCUAAUGAUCCUCAAGCUAGUUUUUCUUCAAUGCCUGAAAGCACACAUAAUAUUGAUAUUAGAGGUUCUGUUAUCAAUGGGUUGCCCAAUUGUAAUGGGCUUUCAGUGGAUAAACUUGGAGUAAAUAUUCCUUCCCCUGAACAUGCAAAUACAAUUGAUGUGUGUAGUACUGGAGAGUACAUAAAAACUGAGGAUAUCUCUAGCAGUCUUCAGCCUGUGUGUGACACAGUUUCUACUAGUGACUUGUGUACAUCAGGCCUUGACAUCUGCAGUUUCAACGAAGAUAUAAAACCUGGCUCACUAUUGCUUAGUGUUGAGGAAGUUCUCCGAAGCUUAGAAACUGUUUCAAGCACUGAAGUCUGUAGUUCUGAUUUGCAGCCCAGCUUGGAAGCCACCGUAUCCAAUGGUCCUUUCCUGCAGCUUUCUCCCCCACCUCUUAGCCAUAAUGUUUUCAUGUCCACAGGUGCUUCUCCUCAUGGGAUCUCAUGCACAGCAGCAACACCUAAGGUAGUUAAGUUAAACCGAAAGCGAUCUCGAUCAGAAAGUGACAGCGAAAAGGUUCAGCCACUACCCAUUUCCAGCAUCAUCUGUGGCCCAACGUUGGGAGCAUCAGCUCCAGUAACAGUGAAACAGGAAAAUAAGAUGUCUUUGCAGCCUGUAGCAACUGUACCCAAUGGAGGCAGUACUCCUAAAAUAAGUAAAACUGUACUCCUGCCUAAUAAAAGCAUGAAAAAGAAUCUAGAACAUGCCCCCAAGAAAUCUCACCCGAAAGCCAAACCAGGAAUACUGAAAACAAAAGACAAAGCAAAGGAAAAGGUUGCUAGCAGCAAUGUUAUGCCAGGAAGUCCGACAAAAACUGCAUACAAAAAGCCACAAGAAAAGAAAGGGUGUAAAUGUGGUCGCGCCACCCAAAAUCCAAGUGUUCUUACAUGCCGUGGCCAACGCUGCCCUUGCUACUCUAACCGUAAAGCCUGCUUAGACUGUAUAUGCCGUGGCUGCCAAAACUCAUAUAUGGCUAAUGGGGAGAAGAAGCUGGAAGCAUUUGCAGUGCCAGAAAAGGCCUUGGAACAGACUAGGCUUACUUUGGGCAUUAAUGUGACAAGCAUUGUGCGCAGUGCCAGCACAAGUACCAGUGUAAUUAAUAUGACAGCAUCACCAGUAACUACAUUUUUAGCUGCCAGUACACACGAUGAUAAAAGUUUGGAUGAAGCUAUAGACAUGAGAUAUGACUGUUAAAUCAUUUUUUUGUCUCUUCCCUGCCCUUAGUAGGGGAACUGCUACAGUUUUAAGGCAGCUAUGGUUCUGUUUAACUUGCCGAAGCUCCUGCCUAUAGAUCACUUGUAUCAAGUGUUUUUCAUUGCUAUGUUAUGUGUGUUAGUGUCUGGGAAAUAGUUUGCAGAUAAUGGAGGAGUUACCCUAAAACUGUCUUUAGAUCUCACAGCACCUCAUAGUUUGAGAUCAGAUGCUGAUGUAAAUGGUUUUAAUACAAGAUGACCUUUGGCAAGGAACAUAUUAACCUCAUUGUACCAGUUAAUGCUUUGUACUCAAUUAAAGCUUCCGAUUAAAUGUAAGGAAGUGGUAUCUAGUCAGUCCAUCAAAGUUGUGCUAGUUUAUGAUGUGUGAAAAUAACUACCAAUUACACUGCCAUAGGAGUCAGUGUUGCUAGCAAAUCACAUCCCAUUCCUGUUGAAAGUACAGUAUUAGCUGAGGAAUGUAGUCUUUUAAUGACACUUCUUUUUUGAUCAUGAGUGUUGGUUAUCUAGAGCAUGGAACAGUUACAAAUCAAUUUCAUGGAAAGAGAAGUUGUCCCUCAUUGAAAUUGGCUAAGAAGUAACUGCAAUUAGCUGGAGUCAAUUGUAAGGUGGCUUUCCCUCCAGAUCCUGCUCAAGUCUCUCUGUAAUCACUUCAUUCACUUUUUCUAAAAAGCGUGCAGGUAGGUGUGUGUCUGGUAUAUUUUAUGCCCUGUGGCACUAACUUCAUUCAUCUUUGGCAUGUUGCUGUUCACUUCAUCCUGAGAGGGGGAACAACUAAUAAACAAAGAAGGGCCAAACACCACAUAUGUAAACUGAUUGAUUUCAGUGGGAGUUGUUGCAUGUAGUAUCUGAGAAGAAUUUGACCCUAGGUUACAAAUAUAAAAAAUAAAUCUGGGCUGGGUUAAAAUCUUUGUCCAUUGGUUCCCCCCUCCCGCGCCCCCCCAAAAUCGUGGUUUAUACAGCCUUUACCCACCAUUGGUUUCUCUUUUCUUCACUUAAAGAUAUAAAUGAGGUUAACCCUGUAUUGUGAUGCACUUGGGAUCUAUUUACCCUAGGAAUAUGGCCCAUUGUUACUUGCUUCCCCUCAGUCAGGAAAGAGAACGGAUGGGUAAACAGGAUCAAGUUAUUCUCAGUACUCAUUAGGUAAAGUAUGCUACACAGCUUAUUCCACCAAGUGUUCAGCUCACUCUUCUACAUUCGAUAUGCCCAACUGGUUGGUUUCCAGUUAAUCCCUGAAAAUAAGGAAAUAGUUCAAAGAAGGCUUUUUGCAUUUUGCACAACAUUACAGCAGUUUUAAGAUUUUUUUUAUGCCAUUCCAAAGAAGUCAGACUUCCUCAUGAUGCAGAGAUAUCUCAUCUUUAAAUGGUACAGCACAAAUAAAAGAUGGUAUGACUAGUAUACAAAGCAUUAUCCUUCUAAUUUAAAAGACAGUUGCUAUUAUAACAGCAUGUCUAAAGAGAAACAGUGCUAAAAUUUUUCAAAUUCCAUUUUUGGCAGCCAUAUUCUUAUUAAUUAAAUGAAAUCUCCAGUGAAUUAUGACAUAAUGUUGGAUAUAUUUUGAUUGUGCACAAAGCAUGUACAAUGAUGGUUACCUGUCUAAGAAAUAAGCAAAAACUUUUUGGACACAAAUCAAAUGACACCACCUUUUGUUUUUGUAGUGUACUUCGGUGUCAUUUUCUGUGAAUGUGGUCAGAUAAUUUUUUUCGUUUUGUUUUGUAUUCCCCCCCCGUCUUUUUUGUGGGGUCGGGUAGGGUGGGGUGUUAAAGCCAUAGGAUGAAAAAUGUGAUGUAUGUGUCCAGUCUGUACUAUUUUGUUUUUGUUUUGCAAGAAGAGUUGAAAAAUAUUUUUGAUAACGAGAGUAAAUGGUGGAAAAUG